CGAGCAGACCGACAGCAGGAUGAGGAUGGUGUUUUCGCCGGCGCUGCAGCCACAGCACCACCAGCAACAGCAGCAGUCGCAGUCGCAGUGCCGAGGCAGUGUUUUGGCACGAGUCAGCGCAGGACGACGCAUGCCGGACAUAGUGGCCGCGAGCAACUCGCUGGUGGACGAACGGGCGUGCAACAAACCCAAGGAAAGGCUGGCAUUCCGAGGGGUCCGCAGCUCCAAGUUCCGCCAUGUGUACGGUCAGCCUGUGCGAAGGGAGCGCAGCUACGACAACAUCAAAAUCACGCGCAAUGCGCACGACGCGCUUUUCUGCGCCGUGAACCCAAAAUUCGUGGCCAUUGUCACAGAGGUUGCCGGCGGAGGAGCCUUUGUUGUCCUCCCCCUUUCUCAGACUGGCCGUCAGGAGUUCAACGCAGGCCGGGUUGUUGGACACUCUGGACCUGUUCUGGACGUCAAAUGGGACCCUUUCAACGACAACAUUAUCGCUUCAGCUUCGGAAGACUGUUCGGUGAAGCUGUGGCACAUCAAGGACGAAGGUUUUUCCGACCACCUUGAGGACUGGUUGGCCGAGCUGAGAGGCCACCGGCGACGCGUCACACAGAUUGAGUGGCACCCGGUGGCGCAGUCGGUCUUGUUCAGCGCCGGAGCCGAUGGUUUGGUGGUCGUGUGGACAGUGGCCAACGGAGGGGCCAUCCUCAACGUCAUCGACUGCCACCCAGAGGCCAUCCAGUGCCUCUCUUUGAACCGCGAUGGAAGUCUUAUUGCCACCACUUGUCGAGACAGAAAGCUGAGAGUGAUUGAGCCGAGGACGGGUGCUGUGGUGUCAUCUGGCGAGUGCCACGAAGGCAUCAAACCGUGCAAAGUAGUUUUCCUCGGCGAUUCCGGCCGGCUUCUCACCACCGGAUUUUCGAGACACUCGGAUAGACAGUAUGCCGUUUGGGACCAAGACGACUUAAGCGAGCCUCUGACCAAGGAAAUCAUCGAUUCAUCUUCAGGCGUGCUUUUCCCUUACUACGACCACGACACUCAGAUCGUAUACCUUGCCGGAAAAGGUGAUGGCAACAUCCGCUACUACGAAGUGACCCCAAACGCGCCGUACCUGCAUUACCUGAACCAGUUUCUGUCCGGCUACCCUCAAAGGGGUCUGGGCGUGAUGCCAAAGCGCGGCCUGGACGUGCGUCAGUGCGAAAUCUUUCGGUUCUACAAGCUGCACGCGACGAAAAACCUGUGCGAGCCCGUCUCGAUGAUUGUGCCUCGAAAAGUAAGUUCUAGCGAGCAGUUCCAAGAGGACUUGUUCCCUGACACCGCAGCUGCCAAACCGGGUCUCACGGCCGACGAAUGGGCGUCGGGCAGGAACAAGCAGCCCAUUUUGAUGUCCAUGAAGACUGGAGACGUCAAGGGAGGGCCCGUGCAGCACACGCAGAAUAACAAGGUGUCGCCGAGUAAAAAUAACAAGAAGCCUGUUCUUGAGGAGAAGACUAACUCGGCCAACAACGUAAUUUCCAACAACAAAAAGAAAUUCGCAUUCCUCUCACAAGAGACCAUUCCCGACUAUAGACCAAUUGAGAAGAUGCGGGAUAACGAAAAGCACAAGGAAAACGAGGAGAUGAACGAGAAAAGCCAAAAAACGAGCCAAAACGCCAGGUUCCAGCAGAUCCAACAAAUGUUUGGCAGCAAACCAAACAGCAACUCCAUUUUGGUACCUUUUGCGCAGAGGGAAGGUUUCAAAGAAAAGAAAAGCAUUUUCUUGCAGAAGGACCAAAGCAUCAUGGAAGCGCUUCAGCCAGAAAAGGAAGUCCUUAUCAUCGACGCGCCCAAGGGGGAGCUUGAGCUGAGGAAAGAGUUUCUGCUGAAGUGCGAAGAGGUGGUGCGACUGAAACAGCAAAUCGCAUCCAGAGACAAGAUCAUCAAGGAGCUCGAGUCGAAAGUGCACCAACUGAAACUCGCCAAGCUGAUCAACUAAAAUCUGAAAUUACAAACAAAAAUAUUGCAUGUUGCUAGAUGAUUACAAUCAUCCAAACUAUGAAACCACCAGAGUCGAAGGAAUUUCGCUGCCUGUAUCCUCACCUUAAGAAAAUUGCCUUUUGAACAAUUUUUAUUUUUUUUCCAUUGCUAAGUUUAAUUUGUGAUGAGCAUGUUCGUAUUGUAUAGGCACACUGCUUCCAUGAAAUGGCAUUUAUAGUGAAAUCCGGGAAUCCUAUUUUACUUUUACAUAUUAUAGAGAGCGCACAUUAUCAGAAUUUUGGAUAAUUUUUUGUAACAAUGGAUGAUGACUUUUAUUAUAUAUAUAACGAUCUAAUUGACAUGAAUAGAAUUAUUUAUAGCUCGUCUUUAUUGUAUUUUUAAGAUCACAAACGAUGUGCUUGAUAGCAGCUUGUGUAUUCUAUGUGAAAAGCUUCAAGCUUAUUAUAUAAAUUGUGCCGACAAA